AUGAUGAGCAGAGAGGCCGCGGCAACAGCUGGCGCGACACCAUCCGCGCCGUCUGUCCUACCAGCGCACCCCGCGCACGAAACACAGCAGGUCGCGCUCCCCGCAUGCGUGAUACCAGUCGCACCUCAUCAAACCCACGGAGAAACGUCGGGGACGGCCCAGCCACCUCACCCCGUACAUGAAACACAGCCACCUGAGCUUCCAGGAAGGGCAGACCUUAGUUUUCUAGAGCAACACCUAUCUCCACAAUUCCGACUCAACGCGCCCAAGAAGGCGCUCCACCAGCCGCUAAGCGCGGAAAUCAUGGCGGAACACCUGAGCGGAAUGCCACCCACCCUCCCAACAUACAACGGGACGACCGACCCUGAAGAUCACGUGAGCACCUUCUGCUUGCGGAUGCAGCUCCAAACCAACUCCAACGCGGCGCUAUGCCGCACCUUCCCGUCGACGUUUUCUGGGAUAUUCCUAGACUGGUAUAACAGACUCUCAAACGGGAUCAUCCGCUCAUUCGAGGAGUUCAUACUCCUAUUCACAACAAAAUUUGCAUCCCAGAAAAGAAGGCCCCUCCACCUCAAGGCGCUGGUAGAUCUCAGGCAAAAAGACGGGGAGAGUCUACGAGCGUUUUACGCCAGAUGGUCCAGAGUAGCGAUGGCAGUGCGUGACCUCACUCCUGAAAUCGCCGCGCAUCACCUUAUGGAAGCCACAACCAACAUGGAACUCAAGCGGGCGCUAGCAAAAAGGCCCGUAACUCUAUCAACAGAGUUGGAAAUGAAAAUCGAGAAGGCAAUUACGCUCGAGGAAACCCUCGGAGCGGGAUCUGUUAGGCGCUUCGAGCCGGCCAAGUUGCCGCGAGAAGAACAGGGACGACGGCAGAUCACGCUGCCGCGAGAUAAGCUAGCACAGCUGCACAGCGGACAUAAGCAACACCACCCUCCCCCACAAGAGCAAGCGCAGCGGAGAAGGUCACCAGACAGGCGCGCACCUCACGCAUUUACACCGCUCAACGACUCCGUAAAGAACGUGUUCCACGUUCUACGCGAGAAGGGAUACAAGCUCAACUGGCCCGCGCCCCUGAAGUCUUUGCCCCACAUGAGAAACCCAAAAAAGCAUUGCGACUUCCAUAGAGCGACGGGGCACUGGACGGAGGAUUGCCGAGAGCUGCGCUAUGAGAUUGAGGGCCUCAUACGGCGAGGGUUGCUGACCGAAUUCACGCAGGAAAAGGAGGAACAGGUCGGGGGACACCAAAACCCGCCGCCACCUCCACAAGCCGAUUACAACGAAGCCACCACAGACUAUAUGGUGCGUAAGGAAAUAGGGGUGGUGACGGUAGAAGGAGAUUGCCCGAAAAAGAAAACCAAGCGCGAACGAGCAAUCGAAUUCGCGGCAGCUGAUGUACGAGUAGGGGGUCAACUGAGUUUCGACGACACCGAACUACCGCAAGGAGUUCCAUCGGAAGACCCACUCAUCAUCACCGCACUGGUAGCCUCUUGCAAAAUCCACCGCCUCCUGAUAGACGAGGGUGCAGCGGCAGACAUCCUCUUCCAAAGCACAAUCAACAAGAUGGACGUCGACCCACGCUUAAUCAAGCGCGCUCAAGGGAACUUGGUCGGCUUCUCCGGAGCGAGGGUGCCAGUAAUUGGGGUGAUCACUCUCCCCGUGGUCAUCGGAGACCAAGAGCCGCGCGUCUCAAAGCAGAUCGAGUUCACAAUAGUCGACUGCAAGUCGUCCCACAACGGCAUCUUGGGUCGACCCUUCUUGGCGAAAUUCAUGGCCCUUCCUUCCACGUGCCAUCAAAAACUCAAGUUCCCCACAAAAAUGGGAACCGGAGAGGCGCGCAGGACACCGUGGGAAGCCCUGAAGCUAGAAGGAGAGCCUCGACAAACGAACAUUGUCGACACAAGGCCAGAAGAACCCCGCCCGGAAUCAAUGGAUUCCGAUUUCGAGGUCGCGCUCGACCCAGCCGAGCCGACCAGGAAAAUACGCGUCUCGACUCACGUUCGCGAUGACGCGAUUGAGCCACUGAUAGCGUUAUUGAAGGAGUACAAGGAGCUCUUUGCCUGGUGUACAGAAGACAUGCCAGGAGUACCAAGGCAUGUGGCCCAACAUUGCCUCGCAGUCCCGCCAAGCGCCAUUCCGAGACAACAAGCGCGACGCGGUUUUACUGGCGACAAGUUGAAGGCCAUCGAAGAAGAGGUGUCGCGACUCUUGGCGGCAGGGCUGAUUCGCCCAGUCAAAUACCCAAAGUGGUUGGCGAAUGUAGUCUUGGUAAAAAAAUCUUCAGGCGCGUGGCGGAUGUGCGUUGACUACACGACAAUCAACAAGGUAUGCCCGGGAGACCCUUACCCCCUGCCGCGCAUCGACCAACUGAUCGACGCCACCGCCGACCACGAGACACUGUCUUUCUUGGACAUGUUCUCAGGGUACCAUCAAAUCCCGAUGUCGCGCGAAGAUGAAGAAAAGACGGCGUUCAUGACUCCCUUCGGAAACUUCUGUUUCGUCGGAAUGCCGUUCGGACUGAAGAACGCGGGCGCGACAUACCAAAGAAUGAUGGAUUUGGUGUUCUCACAUCAGAGGGGGCGGAACAUCGAGGCGUACGUGGACGACCUCAUCGUCAAAACCAAGGCCGGGAACUCGCACCUGGAGGAUCUACGAGAAACAUUUGAGGCGCUCCGCAAGCACAGCCUCCGCUUGAACCCACUGAAGUGCGUCUUUGGAGCAGAAGCAGGGAAGUUUUUGGGUUUUAUGAUAACCAAGCGCGGCAUCGAGGUGGACCCAAAACAAAUCACGGCGGUCCAACAACUGCGGGCCCCAAGGAGCGCACUUGAAAUCCAAUCCCUGAAUGGGAAGAUUGCAGCGCUGGGGAGAUUCAUCCCGAGGUCGGCCGACAAGUGCGCGCCCUUCUUCAAGACACUCAAAAACGGUGCAAAAUUUGCAUGGACCAAGGAGUGUGAAGCGGCCUUCCAAGAGCUGAAAUCAUAUCUUGUAUCCCCCCCUGUGUUGACAGCUCCCAAGCCUAAUGAAAAGUUAUUCCUUUAUCUUGCCGUGUCAACAAGAGCAGUGAGCGCCGUCCUAAUAACCAGAAGAAUUGACAACACCGAGCAGCCCGUGUAUUGCACCUCGCGAACGCUAGUUAGCGCAGAAACAAGAUACUCCUCAAUUGAGAAGGCAGCCCUGGCAUUAGUAAGCGCGUCACAGAAGUUGCGCCCCUACUUCCAAGCGCAUCAGAUCACCGUCCUGACCAACCUCCCACUAAAGAAAAUCCUAACCUCGAUGGAAGUGUCAGGGCGCAUGGUGAAAUGGGCAGUCGAACUCUCGGAGUACGACAUCCAAUAUGCGCCGAGACCAGCAAUCAAGGCCCAGAUCCUAGCAGACUUCAUCGCUGAAGGAGUCACCCUCGACACUACACCAGAGGGAGUAUGGGAAGUUUACGUUGACGGAGCGGCGAGUAAGCACGGUGCUGGCGCGGGAGUCGUCGUGCGCACGCCAAUAGGCGUCGUCCACGAGAUUGCCAUCAGAUUCAGAGCGUUAAAGACUAAUAACGCGGCUGAGUACGAGGCCAUCUUGGCAGGGAUGACCGCUGCCCACGAUUUGGGCGCAAGAACGAUAAGGGUACUCUCAGACUCCUCACUGGCAGUCAACCAGCUGAACGGAUCCUUUGACGCGAAGGAAAAUACUCUGGCACACUACAUAGAGCGCGUCAAGCUGCGAGCAGCCAACUUCGAUGCGAUAACCUACGUGCAAGUACCAAGAGAGGAGAACAUGCACGCCGAUGCGCUUUCCAAACUGGCAACCGCCACCGACUUCGAAGCAACGCGUCUGGUGACGGUACAGAAGGAAGAAGAGGAAACUCACCGAGAAGUGGCGAUUAACACCACCCAAAUCGAAAGCGAUGAGGACUGGAGAGCCCCAAUUGUGCUUUACCUACAAGAAGGCACGGUACCAGAGGAUGCUAAGGAAGCAUGGACUCUAAGACAGAAGGCGGCCCGAUGCACACUCAUUGGAGGAGAGCUGUAUCGCCGGUCGUUCUCGGGCGUCUACCUAAAGUGCAUUGGACAAGAGGAGGCGCGAGACAUGGUACGCGACAUACACGAGGGGUUGUGCGCAAUGCACGCCGGCCCGCGCAGCAUGGAGCGCACCAUUUUGCUUCAUGGGCACUACUGGCCGCGAAUAAAAAAAGAUACGAAAAAAUACGCGGACCAGUGCCACAAGUGCCAAGUCAACGCGCGUCAGCACCACCUCCCGUCCACCGAACUCCAAGCCAACCUAAGUCCGUGGCCUUUCGCCCAAUGGGGGGUGGAUCUCUUGGGCCCCUUCCCAACAGCAAAGGGGAAACGCAAAUACAUUAUUGUGGCCGUGGAUUAUUUCACAAAGUGGAUCGAGGCUGAAGCACUGGCCUCGAUAACGGCACAACAGGUAACGCGCUUCCUGAAGAACAACAUUCUCUCACGUUUCGGAGUCCCAAACGCACUCAUCUUCGAUCACGGGAAGCAGUUUGACUGCGCAGAAGUGAUAUACUUUUGCGACCAAGUGGGAGCCAUUGCAAGGUUCGCAUCCGUAGCUUAUCCCCAAGCUAAUGGCCAAGCGGAAUCUGCCAACAAGGCAAUCCUGCACGGCUUACACACCCGCUUGAACGACGCAAAGGGUAAUUGGGCUGACGAAUUGAACACGGUGUUAUGGGCGCACCGCACCACACACAAGGUGGCCACAGGCAAAACCCCAUUUGCCCUCACAUAUGGCACGGACGCGGUAAUUCCAAUUGAGACAACGACCCCAACCUACCGUGUCGCGCAGUACAACGAGGAAACCAAUGACGAGGCGCGAUUGCUGGAGCUGGAGUUAUCACAGGAAAAGCGCGAGUUAGCAGCAAUCAAGCUGGCUGCAAUGAAAGAGCAAGUAGCCAAGUACCACAACGCCAAGCUGAUUCCGCACAAGCUGAUCCUCGGAGACCAAGUACUGCGCCGGAACUUCCGUCCCGAUCCCAAACACGGGAAGCUCGCCUCAGUAUGGGAAGGUCCCUACCUAAUCCGCGAGGUGGUUGGCGCCAACACCUUCAAAUUAGUGAACUGGGGGGCAAUAAGAUACAAAGAACGUGGAACGCACAAAAUCUCCGGAAGUAUCACCAAGCAACUUAGCAUGUAUUUUACUCACGCCACGGCGUCUUGUCUCAAAGGAAUGAAAGCACUAUUCGCGCCCAUCUAG